AUUAAGCAACUAUAAAGCCAGCCACAGAAAACGAUCGGACAAAUCCCAAGCAGACUUUUAGGUGAUACUCUGACACUGUAGCUUGGAUUCUCUUGGCGACACACCGAAAUCCAUGUAAUUGACUUUCUUUUUCGUGCCAGUGUUUGACCAACCCCGUUAUAGGCCUUUCACUGAUUGAUUUCGGGUUUCAGUCACAUUUUAAUUGAAUUGCUGUUUAGCUCUAGCCGGAACGUUUUAUACUGAAGGCGUACAGUUACAUGGUUUUGCCUUAAUUCAGAGAGGCUUUCGCUUUUACAUUUAUAGUUUGCGACAGCGUAGUUUGACUAAGGCAUUCACCCUCCACUGGCAGAGCCAGUGUCUAUAUUUCAAGCAUUAUUCGCCUCUAGCUUCUAAAAGGGAUAACUGUGACAUUGCUGAUGCCUUAGCAUUUCACUGCCAGUGAAUCUUUCAUAAUAUACUUCCUUUUGACUUUUAAGCUCGGUGUACAGUGAUUCACGUGACUGGGCCGAGCCUCGUACAUACAUGAGUGAAACGUAAGCCUGCUGUAGUGGUCUCCCAACGUUACCCCACACAAAUGUUCAUCAGUGGUUACAUUUCCACGCUGGACACUAGAACACUGACUGAGCUUGUCCCAGAGAGCUGCGCUCACGCGUCUAUCCUGCACAGGACGAGUUAACAUUUCCCCCAAGUACAUUUAAGGACAAAACUGAGAACAAAAGCGGAUUUACCACAUUUUGUUGGAGCUGGGAUAGACUGUUAUAGAAGUGGGAUAUACUUUUUUUUUGCUGAAAUAGCACAACGUCCAGCAUGUCGACUGGUAUUUUGCAGAAGUAUCCUCCAUCUCAGAUACAAGAAUUACGGGAAGCCUUUCGUCUGUUCGACAAGGAUGGCGAUGGUUCCAUUACCACGGGCGAAUUGGGCACGGUGAUGAGGAACUUAGGCCAGUACCCGUCCAGUGACGAACUAGAACAGAUGCUCACAGAAAUCGAUAUUGAUGGGGACGGGACAUUCAGCUUUGAGGAGUUUGUACAGGUGAUGGCAAACAUGGGAGGGUUGAGCGAAAACACCGAGGAGAACGAAGAAGAAGAACUUAGACAGGCCUUUAAGGUGUUCGAUAAAAGCGGUUGUGGUUAUAUCUGUGCGUCUGAUUUGCGGGCUGUUCUUCAGUGUAUGGGAGAAGAUCUUACCGAGGAAGAGAUUGACGAGAUGAUUGCAGAAGUGGACAUUGAUGGCGAUGGGCGUAUAGACUUUGAAGAGUUCAUUGCAUGCAUGUGUGAGGAUAGAGAGAGGAGCCAGGGAGAGGAGGAAGAGGAGGAUGAAGGAGGAUCAGUGUUCUCAGUGGAGGAUCAGAUCUCGGAGAGAGCCGAAAGACCCCGGAAGAGCGAGUCGGGAUCUUCUAGCGGCAGUGAGGCUAAGUGACCAGGCACACAGACUGAUUUCACACCUGCACCUAUUUAUUUAUUCGGAGGCAUUUUGAGAUAGAAAUACAUGUACUAAGUUCAUUAACAUUUUUUUCUGAAUUAUUGAAACCGGUAUGAACUCAAUUCGUUAUCGAUAUCAUUAAAACGAGAUCGGUAAGUACACAUGUAUCGAUAAGUCAUGUAUUCAGGAGUAUAUGAUCGACGUCAGUGAAUGCAUAACAUUGAUAUCUGCAAAACUUCUCAUCCAUGUGGUGAUAAAUUUAUUGAUGUCGAAAAUACAUGG